AUGAAAUCUCUGCAUCAUCAAUUAAACCUCUCCGUGUUUAUCAAUUAUCACAUUAAGCCAUUAUCAGAUGAAGAUAGUUGGUCGUUUUUUGUAAAUUUUGCUUUUGGAGGCCAAAACCCAAGUUCAUAUCCAGAACUAGAAGAUAUUGGCAGACAAAUUAUGGAAAAGUGUCGUGGCUCUCCUUUAGCUUUAAGAACAGUUGGGUGUUUCUUGCGCUUGAAGCUGCAAGUUGAGGAGUGGGAUGCUGUACUAGAUCAUUUGAAGCAAAAUUUGGAGGAUUUUAAAACUGCAAUGAACAACACGUUAACACUGAGCUACAGCACAUUAAAACUGAGCUAUGAUCAUCUUUCUGCACAAAUAAAGCGAUGUUUUGCAUACUGUUCAAUAUUUCCCUCCAGUUAUGAAUUUGAGAAAAAUAAGUUGGUCCUCUUAUGGAUGGCAAAAGGUCUUCUGCAUGACCCCAGAGGAAACUCCAGAAUGGAAGAUGUUGGUGAUGAGUACUUUCAAGAAUCAUUAUCAAGGUCUUUUUUUCAGAUAUCAAGUGGCAAUAAAUCAUGUUUUGUGAUGCAUGAUCUUGUGAGUCACUUUGCUGUUGAAGUGUCUGGGAGAUAUUGCUGCAGAUUGGAGGAUCUUGGUCCUUCUGUCUCUGAAAGGACCCGGUAUUUGUCGCUGUUAAGCAUCAAAUAUAGUUUCCUGGUGAUCCUUAGAGCCAUUAAUACAGCCAAGCUUUUAAGGACCUUUUUGCUAUUAGAUCAUGGAUCAUAUCAUUUAGAUAGCAAUAAAAUGCUGAGUAGUUUGUCCAAACUGCAAUUCUUACGAGUGCUUUCUUUAUCUCAUUAUCCCAUCACUGAGCUACCUGAUUCAAUCAGCAAUUUCAAAUAUUUACGGUACAUAGAUCUCUCUUACACCGCAAUCCAGAUGUUACCUGAAUCAGUAUGUGAUCUCUACAGUUUACAAACAUUGAUAUUGUCCUUUUGUCAUUCUCUUACUGAAUUGCCAGAAAACAUUUGGAAACUCUUAAACCUGCGUCAUCUUAUUAUUAGUGGAACAGAUUUAAAUGAGAUGCCCAAAAAAAUGAGCAAUCUAAAAUAUCUUCAAACACUAUCUUACUUUGUUGUGGCCCAAAAAAGUGGCUCAACAGUUGAAGAGUUGGGGGGUCUUCAGUAUCUUCAUGGAACACUUAGCAUUUUAAAGUUGCAGAAUGUGGUCUCAGCAGAAGAUGCAGCCAGGGCUCUCUUGGGGGAGAAGACAGACCUAGAUGAGCUAGUGUUAGAAUGGGUUGAUGAUUCCAUUGUUCCAAAAAAUGUUAGAGAUGUGCUUGAACAGCUAGAGCCUCAUACAAAUUUGAAGAAGCUAAGCACUAAAUUUUAUUGUGGUACAAGAUUUCCACAUUGGCUUGGAAAAUCUUCAUUCUCCAACAUAGGGACGUCUUAG